AUGAAAGAAAUUUGGAAGAUAAUAAAUAAUGUCUUGAAGAGAUCCAACAAUUAUGAUAGAAACAAGGAUGCAUGUUUGCAAGGAUGCAAGAGAAAUGAUCAAAUAGUGAACGAUCCAGAAAAUGCAUUGAAUGAUCACUAUGCUUCAGUAGCUGCAAAACUGGCCGAACAAUUUGUGACAACAGCUGAAUGGAAAAAAUCGAUGAAUAAUAGCAUUAAAAAUUCGAUAUUCAUGAGUUUUGUGACAAAUUCUGAGGUAUAUCAAGCAACUAGAUCUCUGAAACCGAAAUCAUCAUACGAGAAUAACAUGGAUCCUAAAUCCUUUUAUGGCACUAAAACUUUUCAAAAAUUAGAAGAAGCCUUGGAAGAGAUAGAAAGUGAUAAUUUUGAAACAGUUGGCAGUAUUGAUUUGUGUGUCCUUCCUCCAGAUUUGGACGAAUUGACAGAUGCCGAAGAAAUUGAUGAUGACAAUAUAAUUGAUCCUCAUUAUGUUCCAAAAGACAUUUCAGGAGCUAUACAAAUAUCUGUUGAUUUGAAUAACGAACCGGAUAACGAAAACGAACCUGAUCAAAUAUCUGAAGUACGUGGCUAUUUGAGAGACGGUGCGGCGAGUAGAGCCAGUAGAAAGAGAAAAGCCGGAUACAGUAUUGAAACCACAGUAGGAUUUCACUUCCCUGGAAAAUUGGAAAAACAACUAAAGUGUACUUUUUGCCACAUGAAAGCUAGAUGGAUGUGUAAAAAAUGUGGCAAAACACUAUGCAUCGAAAAGGGGUGUUUCGAAAAGUAUCAUCUCGCAUCUGCCUAA